AUGAAUUGGAAGAAAUUAGACACGAGUCCUAUGAGAAUGCAAAGCUUUACAAAAAACGAACCAAGAGUUACGAUGACAGGAACAUUCAACGGAAAGAGUUCACCAAAGGUGCUAGGCCCAUUCACCGUGGUCAAUGUUUCUCCCUAUGGAGUUGUGGAGAUUCAAAACCCUAAAGAUGCUAUGAAGUUGCAGCCAUACCAUUCUAAAUCAAUGAUACCUUGCAGAUCAAUGAAGAAUGCAACUUGGUAUGUUCUUAAACAAAGUCUCCUCAUAAGGCCGAAGAAGCUUCGGUUGAUGAGGUGCCUAUGGUUGAUUGCCGCAGGGAAAAAGGGCGGCCGAGGCAGAGGCCGUUCAGGAAGCCUAUCUUCAGGUAACCGGGAAGAGGCAGAUCGACGAGGCCCUCAUGUGAUGCCGAUGCCGAAGUGGCUGAGGGGGCCAAACAGAGGCGCUGACAUAGAGAUGUGGCUCUGUCUGAAGAGGGCCAUUGGUGCUGCCGAACGAAACCAACAAAAGUACGAGAAUACUCGAGCCAGAAUCGCCAAGGCUGGCAAGGUUAUCCGAGAAGUAGAUCAGCACGCCGAGGAGAAUACUGCCAAGAUAACGGACCUUUCAUCCAAGCUGGCCGAAGCUGAGAAGGCGCUAAUGGAGGCUCAGGAGGUGAAGGCGGCAGCAAAGGUGGCAAGGGAAGCUGCCAGUCGGUCUCGUGCGAUGAAGGAGGAGGAGGCGAAGAAGAUGGCUGUGAUAGACUGCCAAUCCUUGGAGGAGUUCACGGUCCUGCUAGAGAAAGAAGUCAUGGAGCUGUGCGAGGACCUUACGUAUCGUUUCAAGCGGUACAACGCUGACAAGAAGCUCAACAUGAACUUCCUUCGGAAUCUGCCGCAGUUGCCCGAGGGUGUCACUAAGGAGAUGGUAGAGGCGUAA